AUGGACGUGUUACUUGAGUCUAGUAAAUUGGACAGUUUACACCUUGAAAUUUAUGUAGAAAAUGCUAAAAAAGAGCGUGUGAUUCGAGCUUCUGACCAGUUAUACAUUGCUAAAUUGCUUAGGUGCCAAAAUGCGCCAAAAAUACUCGCUUUUUGGGAUGACCCCCUUGGUAAACCAACUUUAACUACUAAGCAACUGGCAAAAUUGAGUUCAUGGGUCAGACUUUCCCAAAUAGCAGAUAAUCCCACAUUAAUUUGCGGUAAAAUAUCAUACGAGCGAAUACAACAAGGUUAUGUCGGAAACUGCUCAUUCCUGAGCUCCCUGACUUCUAUGGCAAAUUAUGAUGCUAAGUAUAAUAAGGAUAUAAUUUCAAAAAUUUUUAUACCAACUCACAUUCAUUCUGUUGUUGAUGUCACUGGUACUAGUGCUGUUUUGGGUGAAUUUUCUAGGCAAAAAAUUCAGAAGACAGAGUUCUCUUGUCGAGUAUACAUCAAUGGUACUGCCAGAAAUAUUAAUGUGGAUGAUUGGGUCCCUAUUAGAUCUGAUGGUAGAUUGUUAUGUGCCCAUUCUACUGACAAAAAUGAAUUGUGGAUUACAAUACUUGAAAAGGUUUUCAUCAAGUUACUUGGCAAUACUUAUAAUAUCAUUGGUACAAAUCCUUGCAUUGAUCUAUACAGAUUUACAAAUUUUAUACCUGAGAUAAUAAAAAUUGGCCGUACGACAAACGAUUGUGUCUGGGGAGAUUUGUAUAGUAGCUUCAAAAAAGGAUUAUGUAUGUCGUGUCUUGGAACAUUAGACUUCGACAAUUCGGAAAUAAACGAUCAACAUGAGCUAAUAAAUGAAGUUAAUGGCGUGUCUUCCAUCUCUGGUAUAGUGUCAAAUCACGCAUAUGCAGUUAUUGAUUUAAAGGAGAUUAAUGGGUACAAAUUGUUGUUUUUGAAGAAUCCAUGGGGUAAAAUAUCCUGGAGACAAAAAUUUUCUGAUUAUGAUAGCAGUGAAGUCUCUUUAAAUGUCUUUAAAGAACUAGGCCAUGUACCGAAAACAGCAGACAACGGUACAUUUUGGAUUCAGUGGUGCGAUGUGAUUAAAUGGUUUUCCUACUUAUACAUAUCGCACGACCCGAUGCAAUUUAAUUAUGAGCGUACAGUACAUUUGCGGUGGAAUUCAUUUCCACACUUUAGUGAAUCUCUGCUGGAUGAUUUCUAUCACAUGGAUUUUAAUCCUAAGCUCAAAAUUUCAUUUUUAGACGACAUAGACAAUGUAUGGGUCUUAUUUAUACAACACAAAAAGUCAAGCAAGGACGAACUGAAGUAUAUUGCAACGCAUCUGUUCCUUAGGGAUAAAAAAAUACUUUCUAGUAACCCUGACAUACAAGGGACUUAUUACAAUGCAGAAUGUGCGUUGAAUAAGUUUGAAAAUCUCCCUUCUACAUUCUAUUUGUUAAAUACUUUAUUGGAUAGGCCUGCUGUUUAUCCUUUUAACAUCACCAUCAAAAUUUUUGCUAACCAAGACUUUGUAAUUGAGCCAAUGGCUCCUCCAGUGGAACACACAACGAACUACUUAUCAAUAGUUUCGGAAUGGGACGAUUGUUGCGGUGGUGUAAAUGAUAUAGAUAAUUAUUUUCUCAAUCCUCACAUCAAAUUUACACUAUACCAGCACUCAAAAGUCUUGAUAAUUCUGGAAUCGGAGGAGGCAUUGCACAUAAAUUUGAAGGUAUUUAAGGGCAUAGAUCAAUUAGAUUACUUGCUGAAGCAAGGUAAAGUAAUCACAAGUGGUAUAUGCCGUUUACAUAUGUGCUGCAUUGAGGAUGAAUUUCCAGUUGGUACUUUUACCAUAAUCCCCUCAACUUACAGUGGUAGCGGCGGUACUUUUAGGAUUGUGGCCUAUGUAACUCCGUUGUAUUACUCGGAGUUUAAUGAUUGUGUCUUGGGUGAAUUAGAGUUGAUUUCUAGGGGUAACAACUGUCUGAUGUAA